GGCAAGCCAGGCGGAAAGUAGGUCAGGGAUUGGGGGCUGCGCCGGGCGCUGCUCACUGCAUUCGGCGGGCGGCGGAGGAGGCGGGGGGACUACCCCCGCCCGCUCGGCCACGAUUUUUGAAAAAGUUUAACUAUUAGACCUUGGGGUAUGAAAGAAGAUCCUAGGUAACUGGCUGGUUCUGCCUCAGCAGCAGAUUGAAUGCAGGCCUCUGUUUCUAGAUUGCUUCCAGAAAACAAGUUUUCAGAUAAUCCAAUGGCUGACCAAAGGAUGGAUAUUUCUUCUACAAUUAGUGACUUCAUGUCACCUGGUCCCACUGACCUAAUCUCCAGUUCUCUUAGUACUUCAGGAAUGGAUUGCAACAGGAAAAGGAAAGGAAGCUCUACUGAUUAUCAACUUGAUGGCUUUUCUUUUGAGGAAGGUAUGGAUACAGAUAAAGAUGAUCAGCAUGGAAGCAGGUUGGAAUACACAGACCAACAAGGCAGGAUAAAAAAUGCAAGGGAAGCUCAUAGUCAAAUUGAAAAAAGACGUCGAGAUAAAAUGAACAGUUUUAUUGAUGAGUUGGCAUCUUUGGUACCAACUUGCAAUGCUAUGUCCAGAAAACUAGAUAAACUUACUGUACUAAGGAUGGCUGUUCAGCAUAUGAAAACUUUACGAGGUGCCACAAAUCCAUAUACAGAAGCAAACUACAAACCUGCUUUUCUAUCAGACGAUGAAUUAAAACAUCUUAUUCUCAGGGCAGCAGAUGGAUUUCUUUUUGUUGUGGGCUGUGACAGAGGGAAGAUAUUGUUUGUAUCAGAAUCUGUCUUCAAGAUCCUCAACUACAGUCAGAAUGAUUUGAUUGGGCAGAGUUUAUUUGACUACCUUCAUCCUAAAGAUAUUGCCAAAGUUAAAGAGCAGCUCUCUUCUUCUGAUGCUGCACCCCGAGAGAGGCUCAUAGAUGCAAAAACUGGACUUCCAGUUAAAACUGAUAUAACACCUGGGCCAUCACGGCUAUGUUCUGGAGCAAGACGUUCCUUCUUUUGUAGAAUGAAGUGCAACAGGCCUUCAGUGAAAGUAGAAGACAAAGAUUUUCCCUCCACCUGUUCCAAGAAGAAAGCAGACCGUAAAAGCUUUUGCACUAUCCAUAGCACAGGAUAUUUAAAAAGCUGGCCACCAACAAAAAUGGGACUAGAUGAAGAUAAUGAGCCUGAUAACGAAGGUUGUAACUUAAGCUGUCUUGUUGCAAUUGGACGGUUGCAUCCUCAUGUAGUUCCACAACCAGUCAAUGGUGAGAUCAGGGUUAAACCUACAGAAUAUGUUUCUCGACAUGCAAUAGAUGGGAAAUUUGUUUUUGUAGAUCAGAGGGCGACAGCCAUUCUGGCCUACUUGCCACAGGAACUUCUAGGCACUUCUUGUUAUGAAUAUUUUCAUCAAGAUGAUAUAGGACAUCUUGCGGAAUGUCAUAGACAAGUUUUACAGACAAGAGAAAAAAUUACAACCAAUUGUUACAAGUUUAAAAUAAAAGAUGGCUCUUUUAUUACAUUGAGGAGUCGCUGGUUCAGUUUCAUGAACCCUUGGACCAAAGAAGUAGAAUAUAUUGUCUCAACAAAUACAGUUGUUUCCACCAACGUGCUUGAUGGUGGGGAUGCAGCCUUUCCACAGCUUGCAGCUUCUCCACAUAGCAUGGACAGCGUACUCCAGGCUGGAGAAGGUGGCCCCAAAAGGACCCAUCCUACAGUCCCUGGUAUUCCAGGUGGAACAAGAGCUGGGGCAGGUAAAAUAGGAAGAAUGAUUGCUGAGGAAAUCAUGGAGAUUCACAGGAUAAGAGGAUCAUCACCUUCCAGCUGUGGUUCCAGUCCAUUGAACAUAACGAGCACACCGCCCCCUGAUACUUCUUCUCCAGGAGGCAAAAAGAUUCUGAAUGGUGGAACUCCAGACAUUCCUUCGGUUGGUUUACUAUCUGGGCAGAUCCAAGAUAAUUCUGGUUAUCCCUAUUCUGACAGUUCCUCCAUUCUUGGGGAGAACUCUCACAUAAGCAUAGAUAUGAUAGACAAUGACCAAGGAUCAAGCAGCCCCAGCAAUGAUGAAGCAGCAAUGGCAGUUAUAAUGAGCCUUUUGGAAGCAGAUGCAGGUCUCGGUGGCCCUGUAGAUUUUAGUGAUUUACCAUGGCCCUUGUAAAUACUACACAUUGCUUCAACAGCUGAAUAUCAAAGUGCAUUUAUUGGUGGAGUUCUACAGUCUGUGAAACUUGUUGGAUUAUGAGAAGCUUUUAUGUCUGAAUUUCAUAAAAGCCAUAUCAGAACUCAUCCUACCUUGUGUAAUUUCAGACAAAGUGGAGAAACCUGCUACAGUGUUUUUGCAUCAUUGAUUUGGUUAGCUGUGUAUAGCUUGCAUUACUUGUAUAUUUUGGAUUUUUAAAAAAAAAAAAGCAUUGUGAGACUUGGCACUGGCAUCAUUGGUAGCUUUUAUAUGCAAAUGGUCAUUUCAGAUGUAUGGUGUGUUUUUACACUACAAAAAAGUCCCCAUGUGGAUAUUUCUUAUACUAAUUGUAUCAUAAAGCUGUUUAUUCUUUAUUGUAAGAAUCCUUUACUAUAAAUAUUGUUAAAGUGUAAUGUAUUAGACAGUUAAAUAUUUUUAAAAAUAAAUGUUUCCCUUGUUCUAAAA